GGGACGCGGCCCGGCCGGGCCCGGGGGUGGCGGCAGGCCUCAUGGCGGGCGGCGGGGCGGCGGGCGAGCUGCCGGCCCUCUACGCCUGGCUGGACACCCUGCCGCUCUCCCGGCCCCGCAGGAGCAUCGCCCGCGACUUCAGCGACGGGGUGCUGGCAGCCGAGGUGGUGAAAUUCUUCUUCCCCGCCAUGGUGCAGCUGCACAGCUACGUGCCCGCCAGCUCCACGCCGCAGAAGCUCGCCAACUGGGGGCACCUCAACAGGAAAGUGCUGAGUAAGCUGAAUUUCUCCAUCCCGAAUGACGUGAUCCGGCAGGUCGUGCAGUGCCGGCCGGGCGUGGUGGAGCAGGUGCUGCUCCUGCUGCGGCAGAAGAUCGAGGAGAAGCAGAAGCAGAGCAAGGUGGUGCCCGGCCCAGGCCAGGAGCCAGGUGUACGGGCAGUGCUGGAAGAGGUCAGCUACCUGGAGACGGGCUACUCAAAGGUGAAGAGUGGAGGCUGCACUCAGGAGUCUCCCAGGGCUGCCGGGGUGAAGAAGAGCCUCCGCAGCUGUGUCCAACCUCCCCUGGGGGAUGGCGCCGGCUCCCUGCAGCUGUUGGAGAGGGAUCAGGCUCUGCUCCUGGCGCAGGAGACCAUCCAGAUCCUGCAGCUGAAGGUGGGGAGGUUGGAGCAGCUGCUGCACCUCAAGAACAUGCGGAUAGACGACCUCAGCCGGCGUCUGCAGGAAGCCCAGCGCCAACAGCGGUGAGCGGACCCUCGCCCACCCGCAGCCCCUCACCCACUGCUGCCCCCCACCGCCUGCCCUACGUCUCCCUCCCGUGGGAGCUUCUCCUGAGCUGAAAGAGCCAUCCCAGUGCCUCGAGUUUAAUUAAAAAGCCGGGAUAUCGCU